GUAGUGAGACUCGACGCGUGGGAAGCCCGGGGGAGUGACGAGCUAGACGGCUAGGCACUUUUGGACUUAGGUUUUUUGUAGCUAAGCCGUUAGUCACCCAUGCUUGACUUAGAAAUUUUUGUGUACAGAACUCCCUUAGUUAUAGUCACGACUGUGUAAAUGAAGUUAUAAAUCCUUGUACAUUUUGACAAGUAAAUAGUUGGAAAGGAAAAGAAAUUAGAUAUUACCUGAGUUUCUAAAUCUGAGUUAGUGAUAUGAACUUAGUAAGUUCCGAGCCUUGUGCAUUUGUGGGACCCCCUCACAAGUGCACGGCGUCUGCCACGUCCCUGGAUUUGGGUUCUGGGGCGUGACAGAUUUUGUGGUAUCAGAGCCUAGGUUAAUUUAAGA